AUGGUGUACGCCUACCUUUACGACCACGAAACUAAGAACACACAAGGAGGUUUGCCAGUCCUCCAUCGAACGUCGUCUCGGUUUAAUCUGCGCUUUCAGCACCCGUUUGCGGGGUUCAAGGGCCGUCGGUUCGUCGUGGUCGGAUACAUUGCGCUGUAUGGGCAAGUAUCCGCUUUAUAUUGCGAUCAAUCCGUCGUAGAACAAAGUCCUUGGCUCGAGGUGCUCAACGUUGUCGGGGUGCUGACUGUCCCCGACAAUUUCAACGUCGACCACGAUCACCCGUUGUUUGAAGUGACGCGUGGUGACUCGUAUUUUCUUGUCGAGACCCCAUACGGUAGACCCAACAUCCUAGGGAAGCCAGGCAAGAUGUGGUUCCUCUCCCAGCUCUUGCAAGCGUCGAUCCCCUUCAACCCGCCGCUGUCCUCAAAUGAAUUCUCGCACCCCGCCAAUCCCGCCUUCGAAGAUAAUCCGUAUACGCACGAGCUAUCGCGCUGCGCCGUCGACGAGCCUAUGGCCUCAACGUCUGGGCACUCCAUGCCCUCGACACAUCUCGCUACCGACCAGCCGCCUCCCCCAGCCCCUUUGGCUGACACAGACGAUGCCUACAUAUUGGACACCCUCCUGGGCCUUGCACCACACGCCCCCUUUUCCGUUCAGUCAUCGACUAUGAUGCAUCUUCUCGAUGACGGCAGCAUCGACUGGCCGGCUCUCGAUCUCCACACCGGCGGCCUCAGAGAACUGAACCCUUCGGAAGAGCUGGGCGAGGUCGUCACAGGCGAACCAGCCCCCAUCAACAGCCUGGAUCUUCACCCGGACUUGAAAUGGCGAGAUUCGGAAUAUCUGUGGGGAAAGCUUGAGGCGCAUGACAAGACGAAAAUCCUUCGUUUGUUGGGGAGAAAAAUAUGUUGCUGGUACCGCGUUAUCAAGCUCACGCAGGCCCUGAUCCUGGGUAGUCUGUGGGUCGGGAUGUACGGGAACCCGUUCAAAAUCUCUGAUGUGGACGAACGGAUGGUCAUAACCAGCAGCUUCCUAACUGCACUCCGAAUCGACGGGAAGACGUACAUAGAUCUUAGGGAACAGCCAUUGAUCUUGAAGAACGGUAAAAAAAGGACCUCGGUCGGAUGGCGGAUUAUCCGCACCCACCUUCUUUCGCUAUUCGAUAACACAAAGUCCGAGCUGAGGAAAGUCGUUAAAGGUGUCAUGUCGCCAAUCACAGGCUUUUGUGCAAAGGGCGAGAGAAAGGAAACGAUCAAGCAAAUUCUUUCGGUAUUGAAUUCUGGGGACACUCAAGCCGUUCAAGAAGCUCUUGCCAAACUUGUGGUGCAUCAACUCUUCAGGGAAUUGUUUUGGAUGGCGCUUCUUAUCCCAGUCGACAGGCUGGCUGAUGAAAAACGGUCUGCGAGAAUAGCGGAUCUGUUUCCCGAAGAGCUCUGCGCAUCGGUUGGAUGUGUGGCCCUAGAUACCGUUGCAAACUUGCUGACAUUAAUUUAUCACACCAUGCUCCUCAUUUUAAGAGAAGGACCGGACAAGGUCAGCAUCACGUCAUACAAGAAGCAUGAAGUGAUGCACGAAAUCAUCAUUUCCGCGCUCGCCCCUAUGUACGCAAACCCGGACCAGUACCCCAAGUUCACGGAGGCGAUAAUGAGUCUGCCUUUCAUGAUGUAUGAACACGUCCUCGAUAUAAACCCCAAGAAUAAAUCUCCUAGAACGAACGGGAAGGACAAGAAGGGAAGAGUAAUGGAAGAUGUCGUUAAAAUCAUCAGUAUAACAGAACCCAAUGACGUCCCGCGGCGGGGUGGUUUGCCAAACAACCAAGGCUUCAGCUGCUUUACGAGGAACGGGCAUUGGAAUAUCAAGACUGUUUGCGUCAACAUCGCAAGAUGUACAGCCCGCAGCUGCUCACCUGCUGGCCCAGACCAAUAG